GUUAUACCGAGAUUUCCCUUAUUAGGGUUCAGCCUGAACUAACGGCGGCGACGAUGGCUUCGCCCGCCGGAGUCGCUGCCCGCUCAUGAAGCUUAAACCCUACGCAACUUAUCCCUUCAGCUCACGUCCCCUGGAGCCCUUCAUUCGCUCCAUAAUGGCCUCUACCCAGACGCCAUCUCUAACCUCCGACAUCGAUGACCUCCUGUGCUCCGAUUCUCCCCGGCAACAGCAAAAUGGAGACGGAGAGUCCGACUCUCUGUCGAUUGAAGCCGCGCCCAAUGGCAACGGCUACAUUUCUCCUGGCCGGUACCUGAGCGGCGAGUCGCGGAUUGAGCGGGCCUGGGCCCACUGGACGAAGCUUGGCAGGCCGAAGCGGAUAGCGGCUCCGAUGGUGGACAACUCCGAGCUGCCGUUCCGUCUGCUGUGCCGGAAGUACGGCGCCAAUGCCGCGUACACGCCGAUGCUGCACUCGAGGAUCUUCACGGAGAGCGAGAAGUACCGAAGCGAGGAGUUCACUACCUGCAAGGAGGAUCGCCCAUUAUUUGUCCAGUUUUGUGCCAAUGAUCCCGACAUCUUACUGGAAGCUGCUCGUAGGGUGGAACCUCAUUGCGAUUAUGUUGACAUUAAUCUAGGAUGUCCUCAGCGAAUUGCUCGGCGGGGAAAUUACGGCGCUUUUCUGAUGGACAACCUUCCCCUUGUAAAAUCUCUGGUAGAAAAGUUAUCCAGCAAUUUGAAUGUUCCUGUCUCGUGCAAAAUCCGUCUUUUCCAUAAGAUAGAGGAUACCCUCAGCUACGCUAGGAUGCUAGAGGAGGCAGGCUGCUCUCUUUUAGCUGUCCAUGGUCGAACAAGGGAUGAGAAGGACCAAAAGAAAGUUCGGGCCAAUUGGGCCGCAAUUAGGGCUGUGAAGAAUGCCCUUAAGAUCCCAGUCCUCGCUAAUGGUAAUAUUCGGCAUCUUGAGGAUGUGGAAAGCUGUUUAGAAGAAACAGGCUGCGAUGGGGUUCUCUCUGCUGACUCUCUCCUUGAGAACCCGGCUCUUUUUGCUGGGUUUAGAAAAGCAGAGUGGGUAGUGGGGAGUGAAGAGAGCCACAGAGAUGGAGAACUGGACCAGGCAGACAUUCUUGUAGAAUACCUCAAGCUGUGCGAGAGGUAUCCUGUUCCAUGGAGAAUGAUCCGAGCGCACACGCACAAGAUGCUUGGGGAAUGGUUCAGGAUCCACCCUCAGGUGCGGGAGGAACUCAAUGCACAAUCCAGACUGAGCUUUGAGUUCCUCUACGAGAUAGUGGACAAGCUCAGGGCCUUAGGGGGGAGGAUUCCACUGUAUAUGAGGGACGCUCACGAGGUAAAAGUCUCAGAGAAUGGUCUCGGCACUUGAAGCGCAUUGACAUACGAGUUCAUGCCUGAGCUGAGGAUAAUUUUUAGUAGACAUGACAAAACUCCAUAUGUGAUUUAUAGUUGCAGCGAAGUUAAGGUUAUGCAUUGAGAGGAUUCGAUUUUUGUGUUAGCAUUCUUUUCCCCCAAUACGGUUUUUCGAGGAAGAACAGGGAAACAGGACUGGUCCAGAAUAGCCAUUGAUAUCUUAUCGGUCAAAUAGCCAUUGCUUGUAAGCCUACCUUUCUGCUUACUUGAUGUUCACCUUAUACCAACAACUUGUAAAGGAGUUGGACGGCUUCUUGCCUUAACAACAUUUAUGUAUUUUAUUAAAGUUUCGGAUUGCUCU